AUGGGUAAACCAAAGAAACAUAUGUCAUUUACAGCUACCAACUAUGUCCCAACAGACGACCAGUCUCCCGACUCGUCAAAUCUACGCAAUCACGCAAACGGAACAAAAAACAGCACUAGCUCAUUAGACCAAUUAAUCAAUUCAGGUACUUUUAUAGACCAUCGGAAGUCUUUUGAUUGGGCAAAUGCACACUCAUCACCCACAAACAGAAGAAGAAAAAAAUCAAAUGGUUCCUUCCGAAACCAGAAAUCAAACAAAGAUCCACCAAGUUUACCGUUAACGAAUAGAAAUUUACAAACACUUAUUAGAAGAUCCUCAACAAUUGAGGACCCGAUCUCACCAACUGCGGUUGCUAUUGAUAUAGACAAGUUCACCAACGAACAGAGACUGUUUGCUAAAUCGAAUACUUGGCAGGAUCAUUACGAGGAUCGAGACGAUGAACAGUACUCGUAUUCUGAGUUUGGAGAAUCUAACCCUUCCUCGGAACAUUCAAGCGACUCAACAUCUUUGGAUGAUGUAUGCUUCCCUGAUUUCAGAGAAGAUGUGAAAACUACCAGUGCUUGGCCUGACUUGCAUGUUUUAGAAGAAUUUAUAAAGGAAGAAUUGGAGGAAGUACAGACAGACUUGGAACCCACAGUGAAUUUUGGAGGCAAUGUUGUGCACAGCGAAAAUGAAGAUGCCACAGAGAGUACACCUUUGAUAGACAGCUUCAAGGUGAACGAGGUUGAGUCCUUAGGUCUGGAAAAUAACCCUUUUCAAAUCCGACCAACCCCAAUACAACCAUGGGAGAGAUCACAGCAGAAUAUACCACCCAUUUUAAAGGAUGUGAACAAGGGGAAAGUUGACAAAGAGAUUUGCCGGUUCACUUAUUUCCGUGAAGACUUGUCUAAAACAAUACACUCGCCUACAAUGCUGGGGUUGAUCGAGGACAAGUCAAAAAUUUACGAGAGCCUUGAAGAUUUUUUCCCACCCACCAGAUCAAAACCACCAUCUAUCCAUAUGAAACCGGAUUCAGUGUCUUCAACAAACUUAGCACCGUUGACCAAGUCGCGGCCGGAAACACCCACUCCGUCAUCUGUGAAUGAUAGCUUGUCUCGCCGUGAACCAUUUUGGCUCGAUGUUUUCGACCCAACAGAAGAGGAAAUGAAAGUGCUUUCCAAAACAUUUGGUAUUCAUCCUUUAACUACAGAAGAUAUAUUUCUUGGUGAGGCAAGAGAGAAAGUAGAAUUGUUUAAAUCAUACUACUUUGUUUGUUUCACUUCAUUUGAUGUAGUGUACGAAAAAAGACGGCAACGAGCAAAAGAACAAGAAAAGAAGUUGAACAAGUUACAAGACAUGUACGAAAACGGUUCUGAUAACGGGAGCACAUUAGAAUCGAAAUCGCCUUUCAAAUUGCUAAAGUCCCUUUUCAGUCGAAAGAGGAGACUUUCAUCGUAUUUAGAAAAACCAACUAGCACAUCGAUUAAAUCGCAGGGCAAAAAAAUUCGAGAUGGGGAGCUUCUGCCGUUAAACAUGUACAUUAUCGUUUUCAAAACUGGUGUUAUUACUUUUCAUUUUUCGGCAACCCCUCAUCCAAUUAAUGUUCGUAGACGUGCUCGAAUGUUGAAAGAUUAUUUAUCGGUAACUUCCGAUUGGAUAUGCUAUGCUUUAAUAGAUGACAUCACUGAUUCUUUUGCCCCCAUGAUAGAAACAAUUGAAACCGAAGUGAAUGCGAUCGAGGAUGCAAUUUUGAAGAUGCAUUCAGGAGAAUCUGAUUCUGAAGAUGAAAGUGAAGAAGAAUCCGACCAUCCAGAAAAUGUAUUUGUUUUCAGAAAACGGUCGAAAUCAAUGGUAGACCAUAAAUCGGGGCCCAGAUUAGCGAAAUCGGUAUCCAGUUCCAGUGGAACUAACUCAUCUCGAAUUCUUGGCUGGAAGCGUAAAGGUGAUAUGUUGAGAAGAAUUGGAGAAUGCAGAAAAAGAGUCAUGUCCGUGAUGAGAUUGUUAUCGUCAAAAGCGGAUGUCAUUAAAGCUUUCAGCAAACGAUUCAACGAACUGGAAGGAUCGCUGCUGGAAAUUGGAAUGUAUUUAGGUGAUAUACAAGAUCAUAUUGUUACCAUGUUGCAGGCCUUGGCCCAUUAUGAAAAGUUGUUAGCGAGAUUCCAUUCGAAUUACUUGGCUCAAAUAAAUAUUGAUAUGACCAAAGUGAACAACGAUACAAAUGAUGUGUUAGGGAAAAUCACAAUAUUGGGUACAAUCGUGUUGCCAAUCAAUGUGGUAACUGGGCUCUGGGGUAUGAACUGUUUGGUUCCUGGUCAAGAUUAUGAAGGCUUAGCCUGGUUUUGGGGAAUUGUUGGAUGUAUGGCUUUGUUUAGUCUUGUUGCUUACAAUUAUGCGAGAAGAGUAACCGGUUUAUAA